AAGCUCCGAAGAAGACUCAGAUAGUGAUGAUGAAGUUGCUGUUCCAAAGACAGUCAAGACUGCCUGUAAAACCGGUGACGAAAAAGCAAGAAUCUUCAUCUGAGGAAGACAGUAGCGAAGAAGAGCCUCCUAAAAAGAAUGUGCCAAUGCCGAAACCUGCAGUGGCAAAAACUCCUGUCAAAGAAACAGGAAUCCUCAUCAGAAGAAGAUUCCAGUGAAGAGGACGAGCCUCCAAAGAAGUUGACCGCCACACCCGCAAAGAUUUCAGCAUCCCACGCAAAGGCAACACCAGUGAAGUCAGUUGGAAAACAGGCAGAAUCUUCAGAUGAUUCCAGCAGUGAUGAAGACGAACCGCCGAAGAAAGCCGCCCUUCCGGCGAAACCCCCGGCGGCCAAGCCUGUUGCAAAGAAGCAAGACACCUCCUCGGACGAAGACUCUGAUAGCGAGGACGAACCUCCGAUUAAGCCCACCCCGCCAACUAAAGCCAAGGCUAAGGCGGUGGUAAAGCAGGAUGAAUCAUCCGAAGAGGACUCAAGCAGUGAAGAAGACGAGCUCCCUAAAAAAGCCCAGCCAGCUUCUGCUAAAACCACGCCAGCUAAGAAACCAGUUGUGAAGGAGCCGACGUCGUCCGAAGAUGACAGCAGUGAAGAAGAAGCGCCGCCUCCUAAGAAAGUGGUUGCGAAUGCUGUAAAGAAGACUGCAGUGCCAGUUGCGAAGAAGCAGGAGAGCUCAUCAGAGGAAGAUAGCAGCGAAGAGGAAGUCGCGCCCCCUAAGAAGGCCGUUGCCAAAGUCACGCCAGCAAAACCUGUCAUGAAAAAGAAGGAUUCAUCGUCUGAGGAUUCGAGCAGUGAAGAGGAUGAGCCACCAAAGAAGGUGGCUCCUACUCCGGCAAAGGUGACACCAGCGAAACCGGCAUCAAAGAAGCAGGAAUCGUCAGAAGAUGAUUCUAGCAGUGAAGAAGACGAGCCCCCGAAGAAAAAGUUACCGACUCCGGCCAAGGUCACACCAGGUAAAGCAGUCGCAAAACGGCAGGAAUCUUCCGACGAGGAUUCUAGCAGCGAAGAAGAUGACCCACCAAAGAAGAAGGCGCCAACUCCUGCCAAGGUGACCCCGGCAAAAGCGGUCGCCAAAAAGCAGGCAUCUUCGGACGAUGAUUCCAGCAGUGAGGAGGACGAACCCCCUAAGAAAACAGCACCGGCAGCGGCCAAGCUGACACCAGCGAAACAGGUCGCCAAGAAGCAGGAAUCUUCGUCCGAUGACGACUCGAGCAGCGAGGACGAGCCGCCCAAAGUUGUGACUCCCGCUAAAAAGGCAUCCACUAAAGCUGCUGCGAGGAAGCGUGAAUCGUCCUCGGAAGACGACAGUGAGGACGAAGAGCCUCCUCCAAAGAAGAAGGCGACAACCCCCGUCAAACCACAGGCGAAGCAGGACAGCUCAUCGGAGGAGUCCGACAGCGAGGAGGACGAGCCACCAAAGAAGGCCGCGCCUGUCGUGGCCAAGGCUGCGAAACACGCCAUGUCUGAGUCCGACGACGAUGACGAAAGCGAGGAGGAGCCAGCGCCCAAGAAGAGGCCGCUGAGCAAAAAGGAAGGAAAGAAGGCCAAGAAGAUGAAGACGGAGAACGGAGAUAGCGGUGUUGAAGACGACGAAGGCGCCGGAAAACAGGU